GAUCAUGCCAUGGUUGAGACAUUCACUACAUGACUCAACCUACCAUCUACCAGUUACCUAGUAAUGACAGAACACACUAACAACAAAACUGUUGGAUUUCACGGGAUACUUGAUUACCAUAUUCCCUAACUGCCGGAGAGUUGUAGCUUUUUCAACCAAGGGAACUCUGACAGAUGGAUGUGAAGAUGAAAUAUCGAUGUUGUAUUCAUCUCCAUUCCUUGAUAUUGCCUACAGUCUGAUAUCAGGGCAUUGGUUUCAGUCCAGACUUCUACCGAAGCGCAAUGAAAGAAAAUAGGACUCGCUCAACUUGUUUUCCAUGUGUCACCAGAAAUACGGAGGCGUAAUGGUGGGGUUGUGUGUGGAUUCAUCUGACAGCAGUUGGCACAUCAUACUAACAGAAGAAAGAAACACUAGUGCUUGAGGAUCCAAAUGGUACAAACCACUGGAUGUGGCUAAUUUGAGGACAAUUAUGAAAGUGAUGUUUUUUGAGUGGUCGCUUGCAAUCCUGCUCUCCAUACAGCUUUUGGUUUUAGCAUCGGAGCUGGAGAUGAUUGACUAUGAGAGUCAACACGUCACCUGCUCAAAGGGUCUCUCGAACUGCACAGUGAAGGCAUGUGCUGGGAUUCCGAUCCAAAAGUGUCCUGUGGAUGUAAAAGGGCUGGCGGUGCAGCCUGUGCUGUGCUGCAGACAGGACACGGCAUGCAGACCUUGCCUACACAUUCGCCUUGACAUCCAGCCCAGAAACGACCAGACAGCAUCGUAUGUGAGUGUGUGUUACACUGUGCCACAGCUAAUAAUGCCUCUGUGCAAAAAGCUCGAGUUCACAGUGAUCCCUGCUGCUCCGGAUGAGCAGGCUUCAUCAAAGGCCUGGCUGUCACUGCUGCUUGAGUCUAAUGCCCUGUCCUUCAGCAGUCAGGUGACUGUGUAUGCUUGCAACCUUCACUCGACUGUGAUGCUUCCGUCAGUGGAUGAAGUGUGUUCAUCCGCCUCACAGGGAGUUGUAGAGGAAUGUGAAGUCCCCAGUUUCAGCACUCUAAUUGAUCCGGAGAGACGUGAGAUGAUGCUGCAAGUCGCAAAGGAAGAGGACAGCCCCUACCAACUAGAAAUGUGCCUACAACAUGAACAUAAUGGAAUGUGCAGGACCUGGAAAGAGAGGUCCCUUCCACUGCACUCUGUCACCCCCUGCAUGUGCUUCCAGUUGUGGUGGGAUAAAGGAGACGAGAGGUCUCGUCGAUCUAGGAGCUGUCCUUUUAGGAACAACACCGAGCUGUUCCAGAGGAACCUAUGGGAGAAUGUGUCAGUAUCUGUGGUGCGGGGCCAGAUGAACAGUGGCGGUGCAAUGCUGUCCUGGAACCUGACUGCCCCCUGUAGGGUGGAGGCUGAAGUGUGGCCCUGCCAGAGAGAUGCAGGCGUGGACAAGGACAGGUGCAGAGAGCUGGGGGACAUGAGGCAGCGUCUGUCAAAUGACAUAUGGAGGGAAAUUGACAGGGGACACUGGCUGAUGCCAGGUGUGUUUGAGGAUGUCAAACCUGGCCUUGAUCUCUGUGUGAUGGUGAAGGUCAAAGGGAAGAACAGUGAGCUUGGCCCCUUCUGUCCCAUUGACUCCAGAUGGUGGCACUGGCGCUGGGGUCUGCUUGUCCUGGUCACCCUGAUGCUUGUAGGCCUAGCAGGAAUUUGUCUCUAUUUCCUGCAUGGCAAACUGAAACGGUGGGCAUGGGAAUGGCACCAGAAGGAGUGUGAUCAAUUACCUAUAAGGGGCCACGUGGUGCUGCUGAGCCCGCCGGAUGUGGAUAACUCUGUGUCAGAGCUGGUAUGUGAGCUUGGCUCCUCUCUGCGUGCCAGGGGCCUCAGUGUGUCCGUGGACCUGUGGAGUCGGGCUGAGUUGUGCUCUCUGGGGCCCCUGCCCUGGCUGCACUCCCAGCUGCAGCCCCUGGACAGCCAGGGGGGCCGGGCCUUACUGGUACUGACACAGGCAGCCUGGAAGAAGGCAGAGGACUGGGGCCAACAGUGGGACCAGCAUGGCCAACAGCCAAGGGACAUAGCCCAGGGAGUGGAGGAGGAGGGGGAGUAUAAGAGGCUUCUCCAGGGCUUGUCCUGCCCAUACGCGGACGUGUUCAGUGCCGCUCUGAGCUGCAUCAAGGUGGACCACCAGCAAGGGCGCGCUGGAAAGCGCUUCCUCCUGGUCCACUUUGAGGCCCAUUCUGCCAAGCCCCUCAGCAGUGAAAGGGGUCUCCCAGAGCUGUUCCAAGGGCUGCCCUUGUUUCACCUGCCCUCCCAGGGACAGGAGCUCCUCGUUCAGCUGGCCAUAGGGUCUAAAGGGCCCAGGGCUGGUAUAGGUGGAUAGAGGGGCUGAAGGAUGCUCUAUUUACGGACUGUCUAAGGGGACUCCAGGGUUUGAGGAGAGACAGUGGGAUACCUGAUGAAGGGGUUUCCCCAUAAGUAUGCUGUCAUUGGAGUGGAGAACAGCUGGGAGACUGUGCCCUUACAGCAGAGCAGUCACCCUGAGGCCUAAUUCCUCCCAACCAUCCAAGCCUGCUCACAUCAUCACCCCAACACCCCCGGCCACUCACUUUACAUUAGCACUGCAAUACACUGGACGCAACUUGUUGGAUGCAGAACCCUUGGAUUAUACUGUAUGUGGUGAUGUUAUUAAGAGGGCUAGAGUUAUUGAGAGUGUAUGAAACAACAACACAGCUGUCACCUUCUGUACACCUUGAGGAUGGACUUCUAUGUGUGACACUAUUAUAUAAGAUAGGGGAGACCAGGGAACAAACUGUUGUUUAAGCUUUUGUUUAGUAUGAAAAUAAUAUUUGAUGUAGAUUCAUUAUCUUUUUAUACAAACACACAUAUCUUAGCUACCAUUAUACACUUUAACGAAGUUUACAAUCUGUAGAAAUUAUGAGAAUAGAAAGGUCAUCACACAGAACAGUAUAUGGCAACUAGAAAUCAAAACUGGAUGGUCUUCAGAGAUAGAUGGGAGGGGUUGAGGGUAGCUGAAGGAUGGGACUAAAAACAAACAAAAGAUAACUAAUGUAAAGUAUACUGUGUCUGUAAAAUGUAUAUACAUAUAUGAUAUAUAUAUCGUAUAUAUCAUAUAUAAAUGUGUAUAAGCUGGACGUAGAAGUCUAAGUAUUGUUGUCCAUUAGUUUACUCCAAUUAGGGGAGGGGUGGUAGGGUUAGGGGAAAAUAAUAAAUAAAGAAAAAAUAUUUAUGAAAAAAUACAUAUACAGUACAAGUCAAAUGUUUGGACACACUUAUUCAUUAAAGGGUUUUUCUUUAUUUCAAUGUUCUAUAUUGUAGAAUAAUAGUGAAGACAUCAAAACUAUGAAAUAACAUACAUGGAAUCAUGUAGUAUCCAAAAAAAGUGUUAAACAAAUCAAAAUAUAUUUUAUAUUUGAGAUUCUUCAAUGUAGCCACCCAUUUGCCUUGAUGACAGCUUUACACACUCUUGGCAUUCUCGCAACCAGCUUCAUGAGGUAGUCACAUGGAAUGCAUUUCAAAUAACAGGUGCGCCUUGUUAAAAGUUUGUUUGUGGAAUGUCUUUCCUUCUUAAUGCGUUUGAGCCAAUCAGUUGUGUUGUGACAAGGUAGAGGUGGUAUAUAGAACAUAGCCCUAUUUGGUAAAAGACCAAGUCCAUAUUAUGGCAAGAACAGCUCAAAUAAGUAAAGAGAAACAACAGUUAAGACAUGAAGGUCAGUCAAUGCAGAACCUUUCGAGAACUUUGAACAUUUCUUCAUGUGCAGUUGCAUAAAACCAUCAAGCACUAUGAUGAAACUGUCUCUCAUGAGGACCACCACAGGAAAGGAAGACCAAAAGUUACCUCUGAGGCAGAGGAUAAAUUCAUUAGACUUACCAGCCUCAGAUAUUGCAGCCCAAAUAAAUGCUUCAGAGAGUUCAAGUAACAGACACAUCUUAACAUCAACUGUUCAGAGGAGACUGCGUGAAUCAGGCAUUCAUGGUCGAAAUGCUGCAAAGAAACCACUACUAAACCUCUAUUUUCUUAUUCUUAUUUUUUUAGGAAUAAUUUUUGGGGGUAUUUUUGUUUUUAAAAUUUUUUUUUUUAAAUUCAUUAUAUUCUUAUUUUGUUUUCUUUAUUUUAAUUUAAUUUAAUAAUUAGUUAAAAAAUGAACUGCAUUGUUGUUUAGGGCUGUUGUAUUCGGCGCAUGUGACAAAUAAGAUUUGAUUUGAUUUAAAGAAGUGACUUGCUUGGGCCAAUAAACAUGAGCAAUGGACUUUAGACCGGUGGAGUCCAAAGUUGCAAUUUUUGCCUCCAACUGACGUGUCUUUGUGAGAUGCAGAGUAGGUGAACGGAUGAUCUCCGCAUGUGUGGUUCCCACCAUGAAGCAUGGAGGAGGAGGUGUGGUGGCGCUUUGCUGUUUACACAUUCAGUGAUUUAUUUAGAAUUCAAGGCACACCUAACCAGCAUGGUUACCACAGCAUUCUGCAGCGAUAUGACAUCCCAUCUGGUUUGUGCUUAGUGGGACUUUAAUUUGUUUUUCAACAGAACAAUGACCCAAAACACACCUCCAGGCUGUGUAAGGGCUAUUUGACCAAGAUUGAGAGUGUUGGUUCUGCAUCAGAUGACCUCCCCCGACCUCCACCCAAUUGAGAUGGUUUGGGAUGAGUUGUCCCGCAGAGUGAAGGAAAAGUAGCCAACAAGUGCUCAGCAUAUUUGGGAACUCCUUCAAGACUGUUGGAAAAGCAUUCCUCAUGACGUUGGUUGAGAGAAUGCCAAGAGUGUGCGAAGCUGUCAUUAAGGCAAAAGGUGGCUACUUUGAAGAAUCUAACAUCUAAAAUAUAUUUUGAUAUGUAAAACACUUUUUUGGUUAGUAAAUGAUUCCGUAUGUGUUAUUUCAUAGUUUUGAUGUCUUCACUAUUAUUCUACAAUGUAGAAAAUGGUAAAAGUAAAGAAAAACCCUUGAAUAAGUAGGUGUAUCCAAACUUUUGACUGGUACAUGUGUAUAUAUAUAUAUACACACACAUUUUUUAUUAUUUAUUUAAUUUAUUUUUUACAAAAAAAUAUAUGGAGGAUUGGAAAUGAUGCAGACAAUUACAUUCAUAGCUCAUAGAAGCCACAGUCUAUCUGCAAUAUUAAAGUUGAUAUACCACCUGUGUAUAUAUAUAACAAUAUGUUACUAGGACAAGACGAGUUGUUUACAAUUCAACCAAAAAUGGUGGAAGUGAAAUGUCGCUCUUGUAUUUUUCACAGCUAAAAGUAUUUUAUAUAAAAUGUAUAAACUUUGGCUACUCUGUUUUUACUAAUCUGAGUCUAAUCUGAGUCUUGUGUGAAAAUACAACAAUAACUAGAGAAGUACAUAUCCUGAAGAAAAUGUGGUGUGCAUGCUAGCUUGUGAAUGAUCGAUUGAUUGGUAGGAUAGGAUCGGCUGAACAUGUAAAAGUUGGUUUGGUGUCUCCAGCUUGAACGGAUCAAGAGUGACUGUUGGUGAGUUAUUUUAUGCCAAUGUAUGGAAAUGUAUACAGCUAACCGUUGUAAAAAAUAUUUAAGAAUUUGAAGUAAAGAUAGCCUGAACAUGUGAAAGUUGCCUGGUGUCUAUAGUGUGAAUGAUUCAAGAGUUACUGUUAGUGAGUUAUUUUAUGCUAAUUUAUGCACAUACAUGGAAUUAUAGUUCAUACAAGUUUUUAAAGAAUUUAAAUUUAGGAUAGCCUGAACAUGAAGAAGUUAGUUUGAUGUCUCUAGCUUGAACGGUUCAAGAGUCACUGUUGUUGAGUUAUUUUAUGCAAAUAUAUGCAACUGUGAAUAGUUAUAAUACAUGUUUUAACAUUAUUGAAUUGGAUAUUAGGAUAGCCUGAACAUGUGAAGGUUGGUUUGGUGUCUCUAAUUUGAACAGUUUAAGAGUUACUGUUGGUGAGCUAUUUUAUCCUAAUUUAUGCACAUGUAUAUAGUUAUAAUUGAUAAAGAUCUGAAAUCAUUUGAAGUUUAGGAUGCCCUGAAUGGUUUACAGUUGGUCUUAUAGCUUAAAUGGCCUAGGAGGAAGACCAUUUUAAAUAGUCACCACUGUAUUACUGUGGUUCUAAUUCGAACCCAUGUUAUUUAUGUAAAUGUUAAAUGCAUAUAGUUUAAAAAGUAAAAAAGGCUAUGGAGCUUUUAUUAACAUUUAAAACAGUUAUAGUUCAAAAAGUAUAAAUGAUCCAAAUGUGAAAUCCAAUCCAUUUAAGUUGGGUCAGUUUGAACAUCUCGACAUUGGUUUGGCAUUGAUAGCUUAAGUGGUGUAAGAGGAGAUAAGUGUCACAUUAAGAUUUUUUUUUACCAUUCAAGUCCAUGUACCAUUUUCAGUUAAAAAUAAUAAAUGCUAUAAAAAAGA